AAUAGCUGUUUUGUGCCACAAAGCGUGCUAAACUCUGACGGAUAACCCGUCUUAUUAUAAGCUGACCAGAUAUAAUAUUUUAUAAUUUUAUGAAUAAAAUCAAAAUGUUCAAACAGUCGCUCUGUUUGCUGAUAGCUUUAGUUUUGAAUUGCAAUGGUGCUGUUGAUAUAGAAAAAUAUUUAAAAGUUUGCGCCAGGAACUCACCCGAUGUGAACGACUGUCUCGUGGAGGCUGUUGAAUAUGGGAUAUCUGUGAUGGCUGACGGAAUAAAAGACUUGGGUGUGCCCCCAGUGGAUCCUUACGUCCAGAAAGAACUGCGUUUGGAAUAUAAGAAUAAUCAAGUACAAGUUAAAAUGAAUAAUAAAGAUAUCCGUGUGGAGGGUUUAAAGCAUUCGACAGUCCGUGACGCCAGAUUGCGUGCCGAUGAAGACAGUUUCCAUCUGGAAAUUGAUAUGUACAGCCCUGCCGUAUCCAUGAGUGGGAAGUACGAAGGCGGUGGUAGCUACAACGCCUUAAACAUUACCGCACGAGGCACUUAUCAAACCAACAUGACUGAUCUCGUUUAUACUUGGAAACUGGAUGGCAAACCUGAAACUAUAAAUAAUGAAGUUUAUGUACGAAUCAAGUCGUUUUAUAUGCGACCCGAUGUUACGAGUAUGAAGGUUCACCUGACUAAUGAUUCUCCCGAGAGCAAAGAAUUAACUGAGCUUGGAGUGAGGCUAGUAAACGAAAACUGGAAAGUGCUGUACAAGGAAUUACUUCCCUUUGCAAUGACCAAUUGGAAUAAAAUUGGUACAAAAGUGGCAAACAAAGUUUUCUUAAAGGUACCUUACAAUCGGUUGUUUCCCAAUAACUAAUUGACUUUGUUUAUUUUAUUAAAUAAUAAGUAAUUAUUGUUAUAACUUAAGGGUGCCGCUCGUAGUUUAAAUAGUUUACUAAUUCAUAAAAAUUGUGGUAUUGUUCAUACCUACAUAAUUAAUGAAUUAUUACAUAUUAAUAAAUUAUGAAUACGUUAAGUAAGAUAAAGUUUAUAAAAUAAAAUAAAAAAUUGUAAUGUAUAAUGAUUGGCCUUUGAACGCAAAACUUGAGUACUUACCUAACUACUGUAAAUUAUGUAAGGUCAUUAGGUACUUAUAUGCUUUUACAUUUUAUACUUCUGAUAAAUGAAAGGUGAAAAAAGUGGGCAAAAAGCGUGGCGAGUUAUACAUAUAAAAGCUAAGCUUCCAACGUACCUAGACGUUCGGAAUGGAUGGCAAAUGGAAUACAAUCAUUGUAUCUAUGUCUGUAAGUAAUACUUACCUAGUUAUAGAUAUAAAUAUUAGGACUCGAUUAGUAGGCAGUAGCUAUCGCCAGCUACAAACCAUCAGGGUGGGUGCUUUUCAGGAAAAAGAGGUGCUGCAAAGAGGAAGGUGAAAGAAGUCGCUACGAAAUACAAAAAUACAACAAGACCGUCGGAGACGGGAGAACUAUUAUUCCGUUUAGUCUUGGACAAAAGAAAAAUUAAAUGUGAUCUCACAGGACCUUAAAACUAAUUAUUAUUAGACUUCAUUUCUUUUAUUUGCUAAGAGAGUCAGCCAUCUUUGCAAUGGGUAGGUAGGUAGGUAUUUUAUAAAUUAAAUUAACAAAUUCGAUUUUCGUCACACACUAAUUAAUUAAGCCCUGCUUCUUCCGAGUACCUAUCCCAAGACACCUAAAAACUUUAUUUAAUGUGAUAUUAUGUUUUAAGUUAAGUUCAUUAUUAUUAAGUCCAUAAAAAAAUCUGGUAUUGUGUAAUAAAAUGUGCGAUUUACGUAAA